GAAGAGUUCAACAGGGACAUCACUGACAGCUGAUUUCGCGCGGAAGCUUAAGAUUUGAAGCCAGAUAAUCGGUAUUGCGUUGUUUUUAGUAAUCAAUAUGAAGAAUCAAUGCGAAGAAGGUGACUUUCUGUGGUGCCGGAAUCUAGGGACUUGGCUCUGCCAUCUCAAAUAAAUACGUCGCCAGCCCCCCCGCCCGCACAUCUUCCUCCCCCACCACAACAUCUCAUCAUAAUCAUCACCCUGUUUACAUCUCUUCCACCUACUACUCCUCUGCGACCCCUAUAAACCAGUAGCAGGUUUAAAACAAAGAAAACCACCACCAGCUCAGAUUCUUUUCACAAUGGCCGACCAGCGACCAGCUCCGUAUGUGGCCACAACCUCAUAGUUCAUGUUUCCAAUGAUGGUUGCUAACACUGCUUCUUCCAGUCUCCGCUUGGGCUCAAUCGCCCCCAACUUCAAGGCUGACACCACCGGGGGCCCCAUUGACUUCCACGAGUUCAUUGGCGACAAGUGGCUCGUCUUCUUCUCGCACCCGGAGGACUACACCCCUGUCUGCACCACCGAGCUCGGCGAGUUCGCCCGCCUCGAGCCCGAGUUCACCAAGCGCGGUGUCAAGCUCAUCGGCCUGUCGGCCAACACCCUUGGCAGCCACGAGGGCUGGAUCAAGGACAUCCAGGAGGUUACCGGCUCCCUCGUCAGCUUCCCCAUCAUUGCCGACAAGGAGCGCAAGGUGGCCUAUCUCUACGACAUGCUCGACUACCAGGACACCACCAACGUUGACGAGAAGGGCAUUGCCUUCACCAUCCGCUCCGUCUUCAUCAUCGAUCCCAAGAAGACCAUCCGCACCAUCCUGUCCUACCCGGCCUCGACCGGCCGCAACAGCUCCGAGGUCCUCCGCAUCGUCGACUCCCUGCAGACCGGCGACAAGCACAAGAUCACCACGCCCAUCAACUGGACCCCCGGCGACGACGUCAUCGUCCACCCCAGCAUCCAGGGCGAGAAGGCCAAGGAGCUGUUCCCCAACCUCCGCGCCGUCAAGCCGUACCUGCGCUUCACCUCUCUCCCCAAGGACGCGUAAAGGGGCAGGCGCUUUCCGGAUGUGGAGAAUGGAAUGUGUUGUCCGCGUUAGUGGGAGAGCGUGGCGUCUGACUAUGUGUCUGACCCAUGCGUCUGUGCCCAGCUGAAGGAGGGACGAGAGGAAGAGGUAUACCUCGGGAUGAUGAUUGCGGGCCAGAGGAGGAGAAGGAGGAGGAUAUCGUUAUGAAUCCACCACCCAAUCUUGGCACGUCUGUAUGUACCUGUUGUUUAAUGGAACCAUUGGCUUAGCCAACUUCAACGAGGAUCAAGGGAAUAAUUCCAGGUAGCUCCUGAUGCAGGAAUGAAGGAAACAACCUAAAU